AUGGCCGAAUUACUGAACGAAGAUGGUAUCGAGGUGCGCGACGACUCGUCAUCAUCGAGGACUUUCAACGAUACCGACUCGGCCUAUUAUGAUAGUGACGUUGAAGAAUCCACCCGGUCCGUUACGUCGAGUAUCUUCGAUUAUGAAAAAUCACAUGGGCGAACAUAUCACGCGUAUCACGCUGGCAAAUAUUUGUUACCAAAUGACGAGAUCGAACAAGAGAGGUGUGAUAUUAUGUACCAUGCCGUAAGGCUUUCCAUCGGUAACACGCUGUUCCAUGCACCGGUAAGGAAUCCGACAUGCGUUCUCGACAUUGGCACCGGGACUGGGAUAUGGGCUAUUGAAUUUGCCGAUACCUACCCAGCCACAGAAGUCCAUGGCACCGAUUUGAGUCCGAUACAACCGUCUUAUGUUCCUCCAAAUCUACAGUUUGAGAUCGCGGAUGCAGAUGAAGAAUGGACUUUUCGACAACAGUUCGAUUUGGUUCAUAGUCGUGUGAUGAAUGAUACGUCAUUAAAAGACUGGCCUCAUUUCUUUCAGGAAGCAUACAAGGUUCUGAAACCAGGUGGUUGGGUUGAAUGUCAAGAGUUCAGCUACAAGCGUUAUUCGGACGACAACUCUAUCCCCUCAAACUCCCGCAUCACUGAAUGGGAAGACCUCUGGACGGAGGGAAUUAACAAGAUCGGACUAAAAGGCCAUUGUGACCCAAACCUUGUCAUGCAACAAAUGCGCGAUGCAGGAUUUAUCAAUGUCACGAGGCGAACAUUCAAAAUGCCCAUCGGUCCGUGGGCGAGGGACAAAACGCUACGAGAAGCCGGCAUGUUUGGCUACGUUAAUCUGAUGGAUGGAUUUCACGGACUCAGCGUCAAGGUAUUUACACAGAUGUUGGGAUGGUCGAUUGAGGAGCUUGAAGUCUUACUGGCACAAUGCCGGCAGGAGUUGAGAAGGAAAGAUAUCCACGGAUGGUGGCCGAUGUAA